CUAGAUCCAAAUGUAAACAUGACCACCAUCUGAGUCAUUAUUUAAAAUUAUUCAAUUUCUAUUUUUAUUUCGUACAUUUUUGCUUAUCAUUGCUACAGAAUGGCAGGGAAAGCUACAAGCUUCGUUAUUGAGCUAGAAAAUGAAAAUGACAAUCCUUCUAAACCGGACGAAAGUGACGAUACAAAAUGUUUGAUGGUGGCUCUGAGGGCAAAGUACUGCAUGGAAAAUGAUGACGGGUAUAGAUUUGGAUAUUUUGGCGGAAAACCACCGAAAAAACGAACAAACUCGGAGGGUGAUGCGGAGCUUGCAUAUUUGACAAAUGUUUGUCUGAGUGGCAGCAACAUCAGAAGAUCUGGGUUAGAGAAAGAGAGUAUCAAGUCAUUGUGUCCAAAUGUUGUUGAUUUGGAUAUCUCAGGAAAUUUUCUGGACUCCUGGAAUGAAAUUUUACCACUGAUCCAGCAGUUGAAGAGCUUGAAGUUCCUAAAUAUUGCAAGGAAUAUGAUUACAAAGAACAAGGAUGUAUUGCAUGGCUGGACAGACACUUUGCCAAAUCUAGAGAACUUGGUGUUGAACAAGACAGGAGUUGAAUGGCAGGAGAUACUUCAUCUGGCAAAGUUGUUGCCACAGCUGAAAGAGUUGCACAUUUGUGGAAACAACUACAAAGAAAUACCAGCAGGAAGACACCCCGUACUACAGAGUUUGGAAUGUCUUAGAAUGAAUGACAACGCUAUAGUCAGUUGGAGUGAAGUUUGGAAGCUACGUCUCCUACAAAAUCUGAAAUCGCUGAUCUUGUCUGGAAAUCCUUUAAUGGAUAUACAUUACCAUGAUGACGACGUUGGGGUGGACUGCUACUGUUCCUGUCACACAGCAAGCAGUCUCCGUGAAAACACUGUUGCCAAUAGGGACCAUGUUGAUGAAACAGCUAGUGUUUCUGAUAGCAGCCAAGUUAGUCAUGUUGAUGUUACAAAAAGUAUUGGCCAUGAUAACACUGUUGCUGUUAGUGACCAUGUUGAUGACACAGCUAGCAUUGCCAAUAGCAGCCAUGAUCUGGACACUGCAAGUAAUCUCCAUGACAACAAGGUUGCCAUUAGUGAAUGUACUGAUGUAACAGCCUCUGUUACCUGUGACAACAAUGUUACUAUAAGCAAUAAUGUGGUUGAAACAUUUCAGGUUGAAGUUCGUCAAUACUGUGAAAAUAUUCUCAACUCUGUGAUCGAUGAGGUCAUCAGAAAUGAAAUUGUAAAGACAGAAGAGAUGUUAGUGAAUGGUGAAGAAGAUAACAGUACUAAACAAAAUGUAAAUGAUCAAAAUACAGUUUCUGGUGCAGGUAACCAGAAUCAAAUGAAUGUUGAUAAGGUUAGAUCAAUUGAGACAAAACCUGCUUCAACUGAUAGAUCUGAGAAAGAUUAUAUAGAACAGUUAAGCAGAGAAAUUGUGGAGAUAAUUCUUCGUAGAGCCCAUGGGUUUGUUAAAGAUGGAGUUGAUAAUGAAUCUGCUCCCAAUAGAAAUACUUCACCAGAAAAUGCAGAGAAUCCUCCUCCUGGGAAGGUUAACAUGGCUGAAGAUUCAUUAAAGGCAGAUAACUCUUGCUGUCUUUGUGAUGGAGAACCAAGUGGCCAGCAGCCGUUUAACUCCCUUGAAACACUAUGUCUCAGUGAGACCCAUAUUGGUAAAUGGAAACACCUAAGUGCACUGAGAGCGUUUCCUUCACUCAAGUCAGUCAGAAUUAAGAAUGUAAAGUUGGGAUCAAAACUUGAUGAUGAAGACAGAAGAAAAUUGUUCAUGGCAAGUUUACCAAAUAUCAAGUUACUCAAUGGAAGUGAGGUGACGCCUUCAGACAGAGAAAAAUCAGAGCGCUUUCUGUUGAGACAUUUCUCUGAGAAAAAGCUAAAACCUGAUGUAUAUCAUGUACUGGAACAAAAGCAUGGUAAAUUAGCUCCCCUUGUUGAUAUUGACAUCAGUAAGGGGUUAAUGGACUAUGUUAAUUUGAGCUUUGUGUAUCGUGGUGAAGUUGUGUUCACAGAUAUGGUGUGUGUUCGAGAAAAAUUUGGCACUCUGAGAAAAUUGAUUGCCACGAAAGUGAAGAAAAGCCUUGAGCAAAGUGUUUUAUUCCACAAACAUUGCAACAGUCGCCAUGAAGAAACGGUUGGGGAGUUGCAGGAAAUCAGAGGCGAUGGUCUUCCCAUGAGCAGGCUAGACAUUUUCGAUGGAGAUGAAAUCCAUAUUGAUGAGCAAACGCUAGAGAAAUGGCGUUUGGAUCCUCGCCAUUUCAAUAGACAAACAGGGUAUCAGUAACCUUGUAAAUACAAUCAGUUAUUAUUAUUAAAGAGAUUAGAUAUCAUACUAGAUAUACAUUGAUACUGUUGUUUUACUGUAUAACUGAUAAAAUUAGGCAAUUAGAAUUUAUUCUGCAUUUUUUUCUGUACUGUCCAUAUAAAUAUAUUUCUGAAAUUCCACAAAUUUUAAAAAGGGACACAUUAAAAUAGCAAAAAGUUAUGACAAUAUUUUUAUGCCCUUGAAGGGAGGCAUAUUAGUUUUCAACUGUCCGUCCGUUCGUCACAAUGUCAGUUCGUCACAACGUUAACUUUUUGCAUGAAGGCACUUUACUCGCGAACCACUGCACCCAGGACCUUCAAACUUCACAUACUGAUAGUACUUAUUGAGUACACGACCCCUACUGACUUUGGGGUCACAAGGUCAAAGGUCAAGGUCACCAGGUCAAAGGUCAAGGCGCUGCGGGGGCAUUUGUCACCAUUAGUGACAGCUCUUGUUUCGGUAUAAAACACAUUAAAAUAGCAAAAAGUUAUAAGACAAUAUUUUUAACCAGGUUUUCGUAGAAAACCGGUUAUUAGAUUGGGGUAUGUCGUUGGGCUGGCAGGUGGGCGGGAGUCAAACUUGGUUUCCACACAAUAAGUUUAGUUUGGAACAAGCUAUAGACACCAAACUUGGCCUGUAGAUAGAUGGUAAGGAGACGAAGGUUUGGAUUGCAUCUGGGUCAAGGCCGAGGUCGUUGUUGCUAAAAAAGAAAAAUUGGUUUCUGCACAAUAACUUUAGUUUGCAUUGAUGUAUUGAAAUUAAACUUGGCGUAUAGAUAGCUUAUAGAAAAACCAAGGUUGGGAUUAUAUAUGCGGUCAUUGGGGUCAAGUUCAAGGUCAGGAUAACUUAUUUAAUCUUCACACUUAGAAAAUUCCACGGUGGCGCAGUGGUCUAGAGCGUUGGGCCAAAAGCUACUUUUUAGUCAGUGGGACAGAAGGGCAUCGGUUCAAAUCCUACUGAGAUCCAAACAGUUCUUCUUCUUUUUUCUUUUUUUUGUGAUAGAAAGGUCAUUUUAAUGCCAUUUGGUCAAGGUCAAGGUCACAGUUACUAAAAAUAGAUUUUUUUUCUCAAUGUGAUCAUCAAAAAGGUGGUUUCCACUUUAUAAUUUUAGUUUGGACUUACUUACUGCCAGCAAACUUUGUGUACAGCAAGCUUAUCUGAAAAAUUAGCUUUGAAUGAUAUUUGGGGUCACUGUUACUAAAAAUAGAAAAAUGGCUUCCACUCAAUAUCUUUAGUUUGGGUACACUUAUUGUCAUUGUACUUGGUGUGUAGAUAGCUUUUAUCAAACACAAAAGGUUGGGAAUGUAUUUGAGGUCACUUGGAUCAGGGUCAAGGUCAGUGUAGCUAAAAAUAGAAAAAUGGGGUCAUAUUUGAAAUAAAAAAAUAGAUUUUUGUGCUGUGGAAUGGAAGGGUGUCAGUUCAAAUCUCACUGAGAUCCAAAAAAAUUUUUUUCUUUUUUCAUUUUUUUUUGGUGACAAAAAGAUCAUUUUAAAGGGAAUUCCGAUAGUUUUUUAUGCGCAUCUUUCUGCGCAGCCGACACUUUCUAUGGAAAACUGAACUGAAGUCAACAUUUGUUGAAACAUGUUACAGACAGUCUUAAAUAUGAGGAAUCUUGAAUGAAAUAUCAUUUUUGAUAAGUUUUAUCAGUAAUCAAAUGUUAUUGACAAGUAUCAUGCCUGACAGGUAUUUUGCUAUUUUUGUGGUUGUGUUUUCACAUCGCAUUUUGGUGCAAAGACAGAGUGUUGUUCAUAUAAUGUAAGAUAAUUGACUUAGUACUGCUAAGACAAUAUCACCUUUUAGAUUAUUUAGUAUUCAAUUAUAGAAAGAAUUAAGAAUUUGUAAAACUUUUUUUUAACUUCUAGUAGACAUACAUGUAAUCAAUUUGGCCAGGUUCGUGCCAUUUUCCGUCCGAACAGGUGUUGUAUUCUAGUGGUCUUAACAUAAAAUUUAGCCUGGUGACCCUUACAUUUUUAGUCAUUUUUAUGCUCACAAUACAAUUAUCUAUACACAAGAAAAACAGGGAAAAAUUCUAUGAAAGAAUUUUUUCAAAAUUUAAAAAAAUAUUCUUCACUAUGUGUAUUUUUCACUGAAAAAAGUUCACAAAAGAAAAUAUGAAACAAUAUUUUUUUUUCAUUUGUACCCAUUAUUGUAAGGAUAGAGUAUUACAAAUAUGACUAUGAUAUCAAAUAAGUAUAUAAUAAAAUCUGUAAAAAGAAAAAAACCUUAUUGUGCUGUCUUGAUGUAUAUUUUGGUUGGUAUUUAUAAAAAAGCAGAAAAUUAUGAAAAUGUUGAAAAAUCGCUAGCAGUUUCAGCAACAGUGGGUGUGUUCAAAACAAUUUUUCACAAAAACAAGUCUGGUGACCUAUUGUUUUUAUUUGUUCAUUGUUUUCAGCACAAAUUUUCCUAUCGUAUAUGUGAAUUUAAAAAAUUUCUAUGAAAGGAAAAAAAACUAUAGGAAUUCUCUUUAAUGCCUUUGGGUAACUAAAAAUAGAAAAAUAUGGUCAUAGUUUGAUCAUCAAAAAGCUGGUUUCAAGUUUAUAAUUUUAAAUAUAAGAACUGGCUUUGGAUUGUAUUUUGGGUCACUAUUACUAAAAAUAGAAAACUUGUUUAGGCUCAAUAUCUUUAGUUUGGGUGCACCUAUUGUCAGCAAACUUUGUGUUUAGGUAGCUUUUAUCAAAGAAUCAUAAAUUACAUAGGGAAUGACUCAUGUACUUUUCUUAUACCUGUACUUCUGAAUGGCAUGAUUGGAUGCAGUCAGAUAUGUAUAAUAGAAUAUGACCAUUUGUUUAAAGAACCUGUUGGCGUGAUGCAGUUGAAAACCUGGUUUUCGUGGAAUUUCCACGUUUCUUGUUUCAGUAUAAAACUUAAUGCAAUAUUUCUUAUUUAACUUUGUUAACUACAUUAUGCCAAAGAGCUAUAAAAUAAAUAGAUUGGCAACUUGAAAGGCAUAUAGAGCAAAUCUCGCCAACCUCCCGUGACAAAAAAACGAGAUCUCGUUACCGGAAGUGGCGCUUUCUCCACGCGCCAUUUUGUAUGCGAAAGCAAUUAUUCAUCAGUAAAAUAAUUAUCACGGUAUGACCACGCUUCUUUCGAUGGCAAAAAAACCCCUGUACUUCGUGUCUUAAGACCAUUUCUCAUUAAACUAAUUUUGUUUUAGAAGCUAACAUGUAUUUUAAAUGUAGUUUUAAAGGUACAAAUUGUAACUGCAUGCUCGCCGAUGUUUGUUUUUAGUAAGAUAACACCGAAUCACGCUCUGACACGAGCUCACGCGAGAUUACAGCCAGUUGCCAUUCUGUGUAUUUUAUACUUCUUUCAUUAUGCAAGAUGUAGUUAGAAAAAUAUAUUUCCUUUAGUUUAUUUUUGGAUUCUGUAAUUCUGUAAUAGUUUCUUUUAUAGUAUGCAUUUUCCUGUUCCGCAAUUCAUUUUUCUUUAAAAAGUAUUAAGCAUAAUUUAUUACAUUGCUCUUCUUUAAACAGCAUUUUGUAACACUCAUCUGUUUGUCAUUAUCGCAUGGUGCAACAAUUUUUCUUUGGUCUUUACAGCAUGUUACACAAAGGAACUCACAUUAUUACCACAAAAUCUGUGCUGAUAUAUUACAAUACUGUUGCAAUAUAUAUCAACACAGGAAAGUUGAUGGAUUUUCAUAAGAAAAACACUGUUGCGAUAAAUAUCAACACAGAAAACUAUUUGAAGUUUCAUAAGAAAAAAUACUGUUGCGAUAUAUAACAGCACAGUAAAACAGUUCCAAUAUAUAUCACAACACUUUUUCUCUUACCCUGGUCAGGUCAUAUCGAGGGUGGAUCUUUUUCCUUUCAAAGAAAAGAUGAAAUUUAGCUCAAAUUUAUAUUUCACGGAGAAAGAGUGAUCACAAACACCCCUGCAUAUUGUAAAGUAAAAUUAUAAAUAAACUAGAAUGUUUCAAAGACACAAUAUUUAUCACCAAAUGACAAUCAGAAAUAUACAUGAAAUAUAGGAAUUGUAAUUAGUUAAGUUUUCUCAUUGUUCCUUUUUUAUCUUUUUACAAACGAAACAAUUAAACUACAAAGUUCUACAGUGUAUCUGCUGUGAGCAUGUCUACUAAAAUGUCUUCACAAGCAAUAUGAACAACAGUUCCAACACACUUCCGAAUGGAUCUCUAAGCCUCAAAUACAGAGGUAGCUCAUUUUGUACUCCACUCGGUGUUACUUGAUUUCUGGUCCUUGAUCAGUACGUCAAAAUCUUCAGUUUUGGUAGUUUUUCCAAAGCGAUUUUCACAAUGUUUAUCGAUGCCUAAUAGUUCACAUUUUUCUCCAGUCGGUAGUUUCAAUGUAAAACUGCCAAACUUGUCUGUACUGGUACACUCCUAUAGAAGAUCUUUGAACUGUGAAUCUGAUAAGGCAAUUGAUUCCUGGUUUUCAAAUAAAUCUAAAGCUUGCAACAACACUUAUCGUCCCCUUGCAUACAUUCAAAGUCAUCAAGGACCUAAGACAAAAAUAAGUCAACUCCAUCAUCAAAUUUUAAAUCCGACAGGUCUUGAUUUUUAACUCCGUUUUUCUUUUUGAUUGAUUUUUUUGGUGAAUCCAGCUAGACUGUAUGAGAUCACACAUUGAAAUGAAAACAGCAUUUGGGCACUGAAGCAAAUUAGAUUCUCAGACAUGCUUCUGGCCAAUGAAAUGCGAAGAUUUAACGAAUGCAAAAAUCUGUUGGAUACUUUUUUCUGGGAAACACAUUUUUUGAAACCAAAUGUUUCUGAAUCAGUGUUUAAGUCAGUGAGGCGCAGAAAGGGAAUUACAUGUGUAAAAUAAUCAUAAAAAUAAAUUUAAAUUAUAUAUGAAAAUAAGAUAUAAAUUGCAAUGAUAAAACUAUAUGAUUAAACAGUUAUAAUAUGUAAUGCCCAUGUGUAAAGCCUAGGGCUCAUCUUGUUUUUUUCUCUCUACAAAAACCAUCGAGGCUAGUAGGAAAAAUACCUUCGAUAUACCCCUGGCUCUGAUAUAUCCUCAUAACAUACUAGUUUGCACACAUAAUGUAACUAGUACUUGUAUACAUUAAAAAGGGUGUGCCUCAAGAUUUUGUUCAGUAUGUCAUUGACUGAGGGGAUAAGGGACCUGCCUUUUGCUUGCACCGCAUCACUAUGGGUCUUAAACCUCUCCUAGGGUAUAGAUUCUUUCAUGUGAGGAAGCCAUCUAGCUGGGUUAAGAGAGUUUGGUGUUUUUACACAUGUGCUUGAUCCUGCCUGAAAUAAUUCCUGGAGGGGUACUUUGGGUCAUUCUCCGCCAUCAAAAGCUGGAAAGGGGAGUGGUAGUCUAGUGGUUAAGGUUUCGACUGCUCAGCCCAGGGGUCAUUGGUCUGAGCCUCACUUGGGUCAAGACCAUGUCUUCUCAUCUCACACCAGUACUGGUUAUCCAGGAAACAGAAGAAGAGAGUGGUUCCAAUAAGCUUGAAGCUUUCAUUACAGUUGAGGUAAAAUAAAUUAGUAUAAACUAAACUAAAAGCUAGAAAGUCACCAUAAUGACAUAUGAUUGUGUCCAUUUGAUGGUUAACCCAACAGAAACAAAAAACAUUUGUCACAUAUUUUAGAAAUAAAUAAAAAGUAAAAAUAAGAUGGUUCAGUUAGUUUUAGACGGUAUAUUUUCAUUUAAUGAUCUGUAAAAUAUGUUGAAAAACUCUAUAGCAGAAAUUAAGCUUUAAGUUCAUGUGAUAAUGCUAAAAAAUCAACAAGAAUAUUGAUUUAUGAAAUUAAUACCCCAGUAACGUUUUCAUAUCUUUUGGAAAAAAUACCUGAGGUAAAUCCGGUGUGUGGUUACUUCCCUUUAACAAGUAAUUCAGGGUAUAUGGUUAUUUCCAUUUAAUAUUUAGUGCUCAGUUUGUGAUUAUUUUCCUUAAUUUUUAGCUCACCUGUCACAAAGUGACAAGGUGAGCUUUUGUGAUCGUGCGGUGUCCGUUGUCCGUCGUCCGUCCGUGCGUGUGUCCAUAAACUUUUGCUUGUGACCACUCUAGAGGUCACAUUUUUCAUGGGAUCUUUAUGAAAGUUGGUCAGAAUAUCAUCUUGAUGAUAUCUAGGUCAAGUUCGAAACUGGGUCACGUGCCGUCAAAAACUGGGUCAGUUGGUCUAAAAAUAGAAAAACCUUGUGACCUCUCUAGAGGCCAUAUAUUUCACAAGAUCUUCAUGAAAAUUGGUCAGAAUGUUCACCUUGAUGAUAUCUAGGUCAAGUUCGGAACUGGGUCACGUGCCAUCAAAAACUAGGUCAGAAGGUCUAAAAAUAGAAAAACCUUGUGACCUCUCUAGAGGCCAUAUAUUUCACAAGAUCUUCAUGAAAAUUGGUCAGAACGUUCACCUUGAUGAUAUCUAGGUCAAGACCGAAACUGGGUUAUGUGCCAUCAAAAACUAGGUCAGUAGGUCAAAUAAUAGAAAAACCUUGUGACCUCUCUAAAGGCCAUAUUUUUCAUUGAAUCUGUAUGAAAAUUGGUCUGAAUGUUCAUCUUGAUGAUAUCUAGGUCAAGUUCGAAACAGGGUCAUGUGCCAUAAAAAACUAGGUCAGUAGGUCAAAUAAUAAAAAACCUUGAGACCUCUCUAGAGGCCAUACUUUUCAUGAGAUCUUCAUGAAAAUUAGUGAGAAUGUUCACUUUGAUGAUAUCUAGGUAAAGUUCAAAACAGGGUCACGUACCUUCGAAAACUAGGUCAGUAGGUCAGAUAAUAGAAAAACCUUGUGACCUCUCUAGAGACCAUAUUUUUCAAUGGAUCUUAAUGAAAAUUGGUCAGAUUUUUUAUCUUGAUAAUAUCUAGGUCAAGUUCAAAACUGGGUCACGAGCUCAAAAACUAGGUCACUAUGUCAAAUAAUAGAAAAAACGACGUCAUACUCAAAACUGGGUCAUGUGGGAAGAGGUGAGCGAUUCAGGACCAUCAUGGUCCUCUUGUUAUAUAAAUUUUUAAAGCAAAUAUGUGAUAUAGUUUUGGAGGUCAACAGGGAUCGUUCAUUGUCUUAAAUUUUUAUAUGUUUUAGUAUUCAUAAAUUAUAACCUUUUCACUACAAUGUAUGCAUUAAGUGGAGCUUGGAAAUUCUGUAAAAUUUAAAGAUCUCAAAAAAAAGUAACAAGAAAACAGAAUGAAUUUACUUUUAAAUGUCAUUUCUUUACAAAACACUGUUUUACAAGGUGAUAUUAUUCCUUUUUAAGUGAUUUAAUGGGGAUACCCUUGUAUUUAGUAGGAAGUAUUAAGGUUGCCAAUUUAAAUUUCCAUUUGUCAGUUUCUGUCUCUGUUGCUUGGAUACUAAAGCAAGUGUCUCCAUAUCUGUUUCAAAUAUUGAUCAUCCUGUCGUUGCUAAAAUUAGUGUUCAGUCACAAAAUUGAUCUUCUUGUUUUAAAUGUCAUUUGUUAGUUACUACUUUGAUUUUUUUUUAUUAAGUACUUUGAUUUGUGUUAUUUACUACAUUGAUUUGUGUUUUUACUACAUUGAUUUUUAUUUGCCUGCUGUGAUAGACAAAUUUGAGAACAACUUGAAAGUUUACAGAAAUGUUAUUAGUGUAGAAUGUGUUCUAAAUGCACUGAUAAAGUUGACAGAAGUUGCUGUGAAUGCAGGUUGUGUCUUUAAUGCACUGAUAAAGUUUACGAAAGUUGCUGUGAGUGCAGGUUGUGUCUUAAAUGCACUGAUAAAGUUACGGAAGUUGCUGUGAAUGCGGGUUGUGUCUUAAAUGCGCUGAUAAAAUUUAUAGAUGCAUGCAGUUGUGAAUGCGGGUUGUGUCUUAAAUGCGCUGAUAAAAUUUAUAGAUGCAUGCAGUUGUGAAUGCGAGUUGUGUCUUAAAUGCGCUGAUAAAAUUUAUAGAUGCAUGCAGUUGUGAAUGCAGGUUGUGUCUGAAAGGCACUGAUAAAGUUGACAGAAGUUGCUGUGAAUGCAGGUUGUGUCUUAAAUGCACUGAUAAAGUUCACGGAAGUUGCUGUGAAUGUGGGUUGUGUCUUAAAUGCGCUGAUAAAAUUUAUAGAUGCAUGCAGUUGUGAAUGCGGGUUGUGUCUUAAAUGCGCUGAUAAAAUUUAUAGAUGCAUGCAGUUGUGAAUGCGAGUUGUGUCUUAAAUGCGCUGAUAAAAUUUAUAGAUGCAUGCAGUUGUGAAUGCAGGUUGUGUCUGAAAGGCACUGAUAACGUGAACAGAAGUAGCUGUGAAUGCCAGUUUGUCUUAAUUGCACCUGAUAAAGUUUACAGAAUUAACUACAAACGAUUGCGUCUUAUUUGCACUUGUAUUCAUUUUUUCUAUUUUGAUAAAUUCUCUGUUAAGUAUAGAUGCUGAAAAGGUAUAUUCUCCAAGCCAAAAUAACCUCAAAUACACUAGCUUUUGAAUUGUCUGUAAUAGUAUUUAGAUGCAUGUACAAAUAAUGCAAUGUAUAAUGAUUUAUGGUGAUUAUCAUAAACUUAUUGUGAUAAAUAAAUAAAAAAAACUUGUU